UGUUGCCGAGGGGACGGGCCGGGCAGAUGCCAACAUGGCAGCGGUUGGGGUUGGUGGAUCCACCGCGGCGACGGGUUCUGGUGCCGUUUCCGCAGGGGCAUUGGAGUCUGGCACCACUAGUACAGGUAAUGUGAAACAUCUGGUUCUCUUCCUCCACGAGGCUGUCCUGGUGCAGUAUGUGGACACGCUCAAGCUUGCAGUGCCCUCUCUCAUCUAUACCUUACAGAAUAACCUCCAGUAUGUUGCCAUCUCCAACCUGCCAGCUGCCACUUUCCAGGUGACGUACCAGCUGAAGAUCCUGACCACAGCACUCUUCUCCGUGCUCAUGCUGAACCGCAGCCUCUCGAGGCUGCAGUGGGCCUCUCUGCUGCUCCUCUUCACUGGUGUCGCCAUUGUCCAGGCACAGCAAGCCGGUGGGGGUGGCCCACGGCCUCUGGAUCAGAACCCUGGGGCGGGCCUAGCAGCUGUCGUGGCCUCCUGUCUCUCCUCAGGCUUUGCAGGUGUCUACUUUGAGAAGAUCCUCAAAGGCAGCUCAGGUUCUGUAUGGCUGCGCAACCUGCAGCUUGGCCUGUUUGGCACAGCACUGGGCCUAGUGGGGCUCUGGUGGGCUGAGGGCACUGCUGUGGCCCGCCGUGGCUUCUUCUUUGGGUACACGCCUGCUGUCUGGGGCGUGGUACUAAACCAAGCCUUCGGUGGGCUGCUGGUGGCUGUUGUUGUCAAGUAUGCUGACAAUAUCCUCAAGGGCUUUGCCACCUCCCUGUCCAUCGUGCUGUCCACUGUUGCCUCCAUUCGCCUCUUUGGCUUCCACCUGGACCCAUUAUUUGCCCUUGGAGCUGGGCUUGUCAUUGGUGCCGUCUACCUCUACAGCCUUCCCCGAGGUGCAGUCAAAGCCAUAGCUUCCACUUCUGCCUCUGGGCCCUGUAUUCACCAGCAGCCUCCUGGUCAGCCACCGCCUCCGCAGCUGUCUUCUCGAGGGGACCUCAUCACGGAGCCCUUUCUGCCAAAGUCAGUGCUGGUGAAGUGAGGGCUGGUGGUGGUUGGGGAAAACAGGGAAGGGGACUAGGUUGGAGGGUAUUGGGCAUCUCUAGGAUCCAAGUUGUUGCUGGGGCUCCCCUUGGGUUGGAAGGGUUUUUUUUUUCUCCCAGGUCAUUCAACAUUCUGGAAGGAUUUGGAACUAGAGCCAAAUGUCUCCUGAAUCCUUCCUGGCAGACUGAUUGCCUUCUCCUGGAGGGGAUUUUUGGAGCUGCUUCCUUUGCCCCAGUCUAACCUCUUUGGGGACAGGGUUGAGGUAUUGCUGUUCAAGGUCUUUAUUGUCUGCUCCCUCUGCUGGAGGUGUCCUGUUUUUCAUGCCUGGGACAGUCCAUUGUAGCCAUCCCAGACUAAAGUCCUGCAGCUCUUCAGUAAUGACUAAUGCCUAUCGGAGGGGGUUCUAUUUCCUGUUGUAUGAGGCCUUCUCUCCUGUACCACCACCCUGGAUCAUGUUAGCAUCUUGGUCUCUGAUGUAGCCUAGGGGCAGCUUCCCUGGCACUGAGACUCUUGAAGAUAGGUCUGUUCCAAGUACCCAGGCCAAAUGGUUCACAUUAGCCCAUCCAGGGGAGGAUGUAGUAGGGGCCAUUUGUUUUUCACUGAUUUGGUAAUUUUUGGUAUAAUCAGAUCAUUUGUGAUCCAGUGUGGAAAAAGGAGAGGUCCUUGAAAUGGCUGACUCUAACUGAAUGGAAGAUGAUGGUAGUUGCCAGAUGCAGGGUUGUCUUCUGAGACAUUCACAAGGGAAAACAUAGCGCUGCCAAUCCCAUUCUUGCCACUCCCUUGUCUAUAAUGAGGUACCCUUACUUAAUGGGAGGAUGUCAGUUGAUGAAUCACAGAAUUUACCCCCCCAACUCCCCAAAGCUUAUUAACCCCUUAACUGUAUCCCAGGUAUGUGUGCACACACCCAUGCAUGCGUGUAUACAUGGGAGGUGCCUAAACUAUCUUUGCUAUAUGUAAAUAGGGCCAUUGGAUCUUUAUUUUUGAUUAAUUUGUUCUGAUUUUUUUGGUUUGUUUUCUAAGGAACUGUAAUGAACCAAUGCCAGGAUACCCAAUGCCAAAUAAAGAUGUUGUAUUUAUUUA